AAAAUGUGAAGUUGGCCCAGUCUUGUUUCAAACGUCAACGCGUGUGCACGUGUUAUUCCAUAUAAACAUCCUUUUCUCAAAACUUGUUUACAAAUAGGUGUGUAAUUACGUAGACAAGCGGAUAACCGUGAAAGUUUGAUAAAUCACAUGAAAGAUGGAGAGCUGGUUGGACGACAUCAAACGCGUGAGAAUCCCACGACCGAAAUUCGGGAACAAGUAUCCAGUGGAGCCUCCCAAGGAUUACUUAGAGAACAGUGACCUCAGCGGCAAAGCGAGGCGACACGAUAACAAAGACUUUGUUAAAGCGACUGAGGAAUUACGUCGGACAUUACAAGAAAAACUAUGACCGCUAUUAACAGAUAUGUUUGUAGCUUCAAAUUUCCUCAUCUUAAUUGAAAAAGAAUUUAAGAAAAUUCCUUGCCUUUAUCACAUAAAAUCGGUACAAAGAUCUAUACCUGUACGGAUGAGUUCCACCGUCCUGGGUUCUUCUGUUAUGAAACAAUCAUGCAUACUGAUUUGAGGAAUAAGAUAGCCGUUAGAAGGAGAACCGUUAUUCUAAUGUAGUUGAGGCUUUGACCUUAUAUUUCAAAGGGGAAGCCGUUAUCGUAGGUGAGGGGGGAUGGGUGAUCUGUACAAAUGAAAGUCCAGUUUGAAAUUAUUUAUUAAUGAAGUUAUUAAAAUGAACGAGUUCAAUUUCUAUGACUUGUUAAUAAUGAAUUGAGUGUUUCAAAUUUCUGUUGAUACACGAGGUAUAUUAUAACUACUUUAGUUUUUUUUUAUUUGGACAGUAUACAUACUAUUCUAUAUAAUUUUAAAUACUAAUCAACGUAAAUUCUUUAUUAGCUUUCUAUAAUGAAAACAUUCAUGAUUUACAAAAACUCAAUAAUUGAUCACUGAAUGAAGUAUUUAGCUUUUGGCAACUUUCCAUCUAAUCCGUUAUGGCAAUCAUAUAGUGCAUUUAAUUUUAUUGGGAUGAAGGUAACAUGGCACCCAACAAUCUCCCCAUCAACAAAAAAAGGCUUGCCGCACUCGCGUAUCUCUAAUUUAAGCUAAGUUUAUCUUAAAUUAAUCAAUAAAAUGUAAUGUUAUUCUUUUGUUAGAUUUCCAUUAAUUUAGUUGUAGUAGGAAUAAACUGGUAUCAGUACCCAUUAGUGCGCUGUAAGCUUAGGUUUUUGCGAUGAUUAAAUACACUUUUACGGCUUAACUAGAAAUAAUAGACUGUAGGAAAUUGUAAACCGAACGUAAUCAAAGUGAAAUUAAACCAUAAAACUGUUGUUGAUUAUAACUCCAAUUGCAAUUUCUGUCAAUAAUUGGAAAUUGAAAAGUAACGAGCCCCUACCCAUCGCAAAGAUCCGUCGUUGCUUCACUUUACGAAUAUCUCUUUGAGAGUAUUCAUUUGACCUAGAUAAUUUCAAAUAUCAUAAAGAUAUUCUUACUUGAC